AUGCAAUGGGAUUUGCAAUCACUCCCUUCUCUUUCAACGUUUGAAAUUUGUUUGAAUGAAGUUGUGGAAUCCUUCCCAGAGGAUACACUGUUGCCGUCAACUCUUACUUCUCUUGAAAUCAGUUAUCUCGAUAAUCUGAAAUCUCUAAACUACAAGGGUCUUCAAAACCUCACCUCUCUUGAAGAAUUGAGCAUCAGCUACUGCAGCCAGCUCGUGUCCCUUCCAGAAGAGACUAAACAGUACCCCAUCACCUCUCUUACAAAAUUGAACGUCUACUCUUGCCCUAAGAUUGAGUUCUUACCAGUAGUGGCUCUUGCUUCCUCCAAAUUACAAUCACUUUCAAUAAGUUACUGCGACAAUCUCACUGCAGGCCGCAUGCAAUGGGAUUUACAAUCACACCCUUCUCUUUCACAUUUCGAAAUUGCUGGUACUGAAGUUGUGGAAUCCUUCCCAGAGGAGACGCUGCUGCCCUCCACUCUGACUUCCCUUGCAAUUUCCGAUCUUGGAAAUCUGAAAUCUUUAGACAAUAAAGGGCUUCAACAUCUCACCUCUCUUAGAGAAUUAAAGAUCUGGCACUGCCGAAGUCUCCACUCCAUGCCAGAAGAGGGGCUACCCUCCUCCCUUUCUUCUCUUGACAUCUCCCAUUUAGAAAAGGUGUUAAUAGGUUAUGGGAUUGCAGAAAAUUAUCUUGGUAAUCUGAAAUCUCUCAACUACAACGGUCUUCAACACCUCACCUCUCUUGAAGAAUUGAGCAUCCAAUCCUGCAGAGAGGAGACUAAACAGUACCCCAUCACCUCUCUUAUAAAAUUCAACGUCUGCUCUUGCCCUAAGAUUGAGUCCUUAAUAGUAGUGGGUCUUGCUUCCACCAAAUUUCAAUCACUUUCAGUAAGGUCUUGCGACAGUCUCAUUGCACGCCGCAUGCAAUGGGAUUUGGAAUCACACCCUUUUCUUUCAAAUAUUAAAAUUACAGAUGAAACUCUGUGGGUGUAA